CCCAACGCGCGCAGCCGAGGGGCGGCUCCCGGCCGGCGGGGAGCCGGUCUGGGAGCACCUGACCACUCCUCCCUUCUGCCGGCUCUCUGGGCGGGCCCGGGCCGGGGGCGGGCGCGGCGGCGGCGGAGGCGGCGGCGCUGAGGCACGACCGCUGCCGCGCGGCUUAAGACUAGGGCGGUGGCUCUGUUGGUCUGUCGGCCUUCGUCCUACGUAGCAGGGCGCGCGCGGCCGCGAUGAGCUGGAACCUGCUGCUCUGGCUGCUGGCGCUGUGCGCGCUGCUCGCUCUCGUGGUGCAGCUGCUACGCUUCCUGCGGGCCGACGGCGACCUGACCCUGCUGUGGGCCGAGUGGCAGGGGCGACGCCCAGAAUGGGAGCUGACUGAUAUGGUGGUGUGGGUGACUGGAGCAUCAAGUGGGAUUGGUGAAGAGCUGGCUUACCAGCUGUCCAAACUAGGAGUUUCUCUUGUGCUGUCAUCCAGAAGAGUGCAUGAGCUGGAAAGGGUGAAAAGAAGAUGCCUUGAGAACGGCAAUUUGAAAGGAAAAGAUAUACUCAUUUUGCCCCUUGACCUGACUAACAGAAGUUCCCAUGAAAUGGCUACCAAAGCGGUUCUCCAGGAGUUUGGCAAAAUUGACAUUCUGGUCAACAAUGGUGGAGUAUCCCAGCGUUCUUUGUGUGUGGACACCAGCCUGGACGUCUACAAGGAGCUAAUAGAGGUUAACUACUUAGGGACGGUGUCCUUGACAAAGUGUGUUCUGCCUCACAUGAUUGAGAGGAAGCAAGGAAAAAUUGUUACUGUGACUAGCCUCCUGGGUGUUAUAUCUGCACCCCUUUCUGCUGGAUAUUGUGCCAGCAAACAUGCUCUUCAGGGGUUUUUUAAUACCCUCCGAAUUGAACUUGCUACAUACCCAGGUAUAAUAGUUUCUAACAUUUGCCCAGGACCUGUGCAAUCAAAUAUUGUGAAGAAUGCCCUAACUGAAGAAGUCACCAAGACUACAGGCAGCAAUGCAGAUCAGUCCCACAAGAUGGCAGCCAGUCGUUGUGUGCAGCUGAUGUUAAUCAGCAUGGCCAAUGAUUUGAAGGAAGUUUGGAUCGCAGAUCAGCCUUUUUUGUUAAUGGCAUAUUUGUGGCAGUAUAUGCCAACCUGGGCCUGGUGGAUAACCGACAAAUUAGGGAAGAAAAGGAUUGAGAACUUUAAGAAUGGUGUGUUCAAACACCUUAAGACACUAGUAACUGGUAGUCCUACCGGAUAAGUCGUUCUUCACAAGCCGUAUAUACAGUUGAAAAGAAAUGCAUGAGGAGCCAGAUCUACAGAAUGGCCUCUAACAGUCAUAAUCAGAUUACCUUAAUGUUGCUGAUCCUGUGAGUAUUCACAUGAUGAAUGGGAUGACCUUUUCCUUUCAAACAUAUCAAAAGGAUACUUGGAAAAAAAAAGAUUUUUUUGGAAGAGAUUUUAUUGAAAAUUUUUAAGGUUUCUGAAUUGAAGUAUAUGAAAAGAAAAUGAAUAGAUUACAUGGAAACAGACCGUGUUAAAUAUUAAAAUAAAAUAGCACAAAGUUUGAAAAUACUAUAAAAUUUAAUAUUUCAAAUAAAUAUAUAUACAUUAUGUAACCUUCAGUAGGAUCCAUUAUCUUGACUUAAAAACACUGAUAUGUGUAUCUUUUAAGCAUGUAAAAAUUACAUAGUUGUUGACUAAGGCCAGUCACUUAUACAUUUAAGAAAGCAUUAAAAAAUUCAUUAUAUUAUCUUACACAAAUGUUUUAUAUUUACCAAAGCCUAUCACACUCAAUAGGGCACAAAUAUUGGCCAACUAAUUUUAACUUUUAUGUUAGACAUAAAGUUCUUGUUUUAAACCACUAAGAUACCUAAGAGAAUCAACUUUAUAGAGCUUAGCUUUUCUUAGGCAUCUGACUUGUGGGAGGAGAGAGAGAGAGAAGUCCAGUGAAGUUAUGAGGAAUCAUAUUGUUAAUUUUCUAGACAUCUCAUUUGCUCACAAUACAAGUUAAAAUGGGUUCUAAAACAAAUGUAUAUGGAGAGGUUUUGAAGAAUAAAUUGGAUAUCCCAGGGGAGGAUCAGCCGCUUGUACUGUAAGGUUUCUUAAAAGUAGUGGAUGAGCUUGUAUACUAUAACGUUCCUCAUCAUCAUUGGUGGCAUAAAGCAAUUCCCAUGAAAGAUUGGCCCACUGACCUCUAACAGCUUCAGCAUUUAACUUCCCAACUUGGAUCAAUAAUUCUUGAAGGGUAAGUACUCUCCCAGUGUAAACUCCCUGUAAAGAAUAAACGAGGUGGGAGGGAAAGCAAAAGAAAAGAGAUUAUAUUCAGGCCUUUAUUUAUAAAAUUAGAGAAAAAUUCCAUUGUAGUUAUUAGGCAAACUUAAACAGAAAGUAGUGUAUCAAAAUGUACACGAGUUGCUUGUCUUCAGAAUCAAGAAUCACAUCUAUCUGAUUGCUCUCCAAAUAAGUGCAAGAGAAAAAAAUUUCCUAAUAGCCACUGCACUCACUUCUCUUUACUUUCCUCUCUAUUCCCUCAUCUCAUCUGGCCUCAGCAAUGCAUAAGUCAUAAAUACUAGUCAGUGAACAAUCAUCCAAUAGGCUCUUUUCAAAAGCGGCUUUAUUGAGAUAUAAUUCACAUUCCAUAUAAUUUACUGAUGUGAAAUAUAUAAUUCAAUGACUUUUUAGUAUGUUCAGAUACGUACAACUAUCUCCACAACUGCAGAAUAUUUUCAUGACCUCAAAAAGAAACCUUGUACUCUUUAGCUAUUAUCCUCCUAUCUCUUAAUUUCCCCAGUCAUUAGCAACCACUAAUAUAUUUUCUAAUCUAAUGUAUUGAUUUGCCUCGUCUUGGAAAUUUUACAUGAAUGGAAUCGUGUUUUUUUGUGACUGGCUUUAAUUCAGCAUGUUUUCAAGGUUGAUUCAUGUUGUAGCAUGUAUCAAGUAAAUUCACUCCUUUUUAUGGCCAAAUAAUAUUCCAUUGAAUGAAUAUACCACUAUUUGUUUAUUCAUUCAUCACUUGAUGGACAGUUGGGUGUGUCCAUCUUUCAGCAAUUAUGAAUAAUGCUGCUAUAUUUGAAUUUUCAUGUGCAUUUAUGUUUUCAUUUAUCUUGGGUAUAUAGGAGUGGAAUUACUGGAUCAUAUGGUAACUCUAUGUCUAGUUGAGAAAAUGCCAGAAUGUUUUCCAAAGUGGUAGUACCAUUUUACAUUUCUGCCAGCACUGUAUCAGAGUUCCAAUUUCUCCAUAUCCUCACCAACGCUUAUUAUCUAACUUUUUGAUUUUAGACAUCCUACUAUGAAGUGAUGUCAUUGUGGUUUUGACUUGCAUUUUGCUGAUGAUGAAUGAUGUUGAGCAUCUUUUCAUGUGCUUAUUGUUCCAUUUGAAUAUUUCCUUUGAAGAAAUGUCUAUACAAUCCUUUGUUAUUUUUAAAUUGGGUUAAGUUAUGCUAUUUAUGGUCUAGCCCUCUAGUAUAUUUUUCACUUAGUUCUUUUUUAUAAUUUCUAUCUCUAUUGAUAUUCUUUCUCUAUUUGAUGUGAGAUUGUCAUCAUACCUUCCUUUACCUCCCUUUUUAAAUUGAAAUAUAAUUGACAUAUUAGUUUCAGGUGUACAAUAUGAUUCAAUAUUUGGAUAUAUUGUGAAAUAAUCACAAUAAGUCUAAUUAACAUCCGUCACUUCUUGAGACGAGAACUUUUAUGAUCUACUCUCUUAGCAAUAUAACAAUAUACAAUCAGUAUUAUUAACCACACUGUGCAUUGCAUCCCCAGGUCUUAUUUAUUUUGUAACUGGAAGUUUGUACCUUUACCAAUUGCAACCACUCCCACCCUCUGGCAACCACCAAUCUUUUCUCUGUGUCUGUGAGUUUGGUUUUUUUCUUUUUAAUUUUUUAGAUCCCACAGAUAAGUGAGAUCAAAUGAUAUUUAUCUUUGUCUGACUUAUUUCACUUAGCAUAAUACCCCUAAGGUUUAUCCAUUUUGUCACAAAUGGCAAGAUUUCCAUUUUUAUGGAUGAAUAAUAUUCCUGUGUGUGUGUGUGUGUGUGUGUGUAUUUUCUUUAUCCAUACAUCUGUAGGUAUACAGGUUAUUUCCAUGACUUCGCUAUUAAAAAUAAUGCUGCAUUGAGCAUGGGGGUACAGGUAUGGUUCUGAAUUAGUAUUUUCAUUUCCUUUGAAUAAACAUUAAAAAUUGAAAUUGCUGGAUCA